AUGGCCUCUGAGGUGGUGUGCGGGCUGGUUUUUAGGUUACUGCUGCCUAUGUGUCUUGCAGCUGCUUGCCUGUUCAGGUACAAUGCCCUGUCCUUCGUCUACCUCAUCUAUCUCCUGCUUAUCCCACUCUUUGCAGAGCCCACAAGCACAACAAUGCAGGGCCACACAGGGCGUCUGCUGCAGUCCCUCUGCUUCACCAGUAUGUCCUUCCUGCUGCUCCACAUCAUCUAUCAGAUUACCGUCAACAGCCUUCUGGCCGGGAACUCCAUCGCCUCUGACUUCAACUGUUCCACGUGGGAGAAAUCCAUAAGACAAAUUGGCUUUGAGAGUGUGAUUGGUGCAGAUGCAGGAAAUGGCAUUCGAGUGUUCAUCCCUGACAUCGGCAUGUUCGUGGCUGGCUUGGCCAUCUGGCUGCUGUGUCGCAGUCUGGUCCAAAAGAGGCCGCCUGAGGACAUGGCCCAAUACAACGCCGACUUUGAAGCAGAAGAACAAGAAGAAGAGGAGAAGCUGAGCCUGGACGACAACAUCCUGCUCGAGGAGGACUUUGAAGCAGGGUAUGAGGCAGAGGAGGAUGAAGAGGAGGAGGAGGAGGAGCUGUACGAGGAGGAAGAGGAGGAGGAGGAAGAGGAAGAGGAGAAGGAGAGCACCAAGAUGAAGAUCCUGCGGUUUGUGGCGCAAGUUGCGUCCAAAGUGAAGGAGAUUAUUGGGAACUUGAUCACCACUGCGGGGAAGGUGGUAGUCACCAUCUUGUUGGGCAUGACAGGAGUCAUGCUGCCCUCACUGACCUCGGCUGUCUACUUCUUCAUCUUCCUGUUCCUCUGCACCUGGUGGUCCCUCUGUCGGACCUUUGACACUCUCAUCUUCAGCUGCAUGUGCGUCCUGAUGGCCAUCUUUAGCGCUGGACACCUCAUUGUCCUCUACCUCUACCAGUUCCAGUUCUUCCAGGAGGCCAUCCCACCGGGCGACAGCUACAUCAGUUUUUUUGGCAUCUCCCCCAUUGUUCAGAGCAACUGCUCCUACACAUGGAAGCUCAUCGUGCACCCGGACCGUGAGUGGUAUCACUUUGUCAGUCCCAUCAUGCUGCUGAUUCUCUACUACACCCUGGCCACGCUCAUCCGCCUCUGGCUGCAAGAACCCAUCGACCAGUUGACGGACGACAAGGAUGGCGAUAUGUGUGAGGAGGAAGAUCUGGAUGGAAACAGAACAAAUAACUCGGCCAACAGGAAGAGGCAGCUGUGGUGGGAGUCACGCCAGGGCACAGAUGAGAAAAACCUCCUCUCCACCCAGGAUGGCUUCAGUACAACUGAGGCUCUGCCCACUUCAAAUGGGACGUCCUUUGACUUUGUCACGACUGAGAAUGGACCAGUCUGCCUGGACUUGUACUCCACCCCCCAGUAUAAAAUGGAUCAGCCCAAUGACGGUACAGGGAAGAAGGAGGAGUGUGUGUAUGAAGUGUGUUUGCCUCCGGAGGAUUCAGCGUUGGAGGGAGGAGAGGAGAAGUCUGAGGAAGGAGAGGAUGGGAUAAAGGAAAGAGGAGUCAGUGCAAUGGUCAAAAUCUUCCACUUCGUCAUGAAACAGAGCUACAUCUGUGCUCUCAUAGCCAUGAUGGCGUGGAGCAUCACAUACGUCAGCUGGCUGACGUUUGUCUUCCUCAUCUGGUCUUGCAUGCUGUGGAUGGUGAGGGAUCGACGGAGAUACGCCAUGCUGUCUUCGCCCUUCAUGGUGGCCUACGGCAACCUGCUGAUAGUUCUGCAGUACAUUUACAGUUUUGAGAACCUAGACCCAGUCCCUGGUUUCUUUGUCAAGAAGAAAAACCCUUUCCACUCACUUUCAUCCAAGGUCCUGUGUCUGCUGAGCUUCUGGCUGCUACUGAGACAAACGCUUACAGAGAAACGGGAAAAACAAAAGGAAGACAGUGCUGGUCUCUCAGACGUCCAUGUGGAAGAUCAGAAGAAGAAGGAGGAAGAGGACUCUGAGGAGGGAGGAGAGCAGGACAUCAUGCACGUUCUGGGCAACAUGGUCAUGGCUCUGCUGGUCAAAUACUGGAUUUACAUCUGUGGUGGCAUGUUCUUCAUCGUCAGCUUCGAGGGAACCAUCGUCAUGUACAAGAUCAUCUACAUGAUGAUGUUCCUCUCCUGUGUGGCGCUUUAUCAGGUGCACUAUGAGUGGUGGCGAAGGAUCCUGAAGUACUUCUGGAUGUCGGUGGUGGUGUAUACCAUGCUGGUCCUCACCCUGGUCUACACCUUCCAGUUUGAUCGCUCAUUGUCCUUCUGGUGCAACAUGUUGGGAAUGAAAAAAGAUGAUUGCAAAGAGCGCUUGGCGGAUCUGGGUCUGGAGAAGUUUGAUGUCCCCAAGCUGUUCACCAGGAUUUUCAUUCCUACCUCCUUCCUGCUGGUGUGUAUUCUUCACCUGCACUACUUCCAUGACCGCUUCCUCCAGCUCACCGAUCUCCAGGCUGUAGUGGCCAAAGAGGAAAGCACUAUCUACAGACUGGUGCACCAGGAUGGCAGCCUGGCAGACCUCACCAUGCUCAGCGCCAGCUCGGUGGACGCAACGCUGCAGAGAGAGGAACAGGAGCCGCAGGAGGAGCAGGAAGAGCAGGGGGAGUCGGGGACGGAGAAGGAGAAGGAGCAGGAGCAGGAGCAGACCCUGGUGGUGGUGAUGUCUGACACUGAGAUGACUGAGGAGAAGCCCAGGAGCCUGUCUGACCAGCGGCAGUCCAGUACAGACGAGAGCCACCACUGCAGCGCAGGGACCGAGCCAGAACCGAGCACCGAGCAGAGCUCAGAUCUGAAGAAUAAAUGGCACCUGGUGGUCGACCGUCUGACCGUGCUCUUCCUCAAGUUCCUGGAGUACUUCCACAAACUGCAGCUGUUCAUCUGGUGGUUACUGGAGAUCCACAUCAUCAAGAUCGUGUCCUGCUACAUCGUCCUGGUCUCUGUCAAAGAGGUGUCUUUGUUCAACUAUGUCUUCCUGGCAUCCUGGGCCUUUGCAUUGCCCUACAGCCAGUAUCGACCCCUUGCCUCCAGUGUUUGCACUGUCUGGACAUGUGUCAUCAUCGUGUGCAAAAUGUUGUACCAGCUGAAGUCUAUAAACCCACCAUCCUACUCCAAAAACUGCACUGUGCCAGGAGGCUACCCAAAGGACCAGGAGACUGAACUGAAGGAUAAAUCUCUGUUGUAUAAGGAACUAGUGGAUCCAGCCAACUGGGUGGGCCUGGAUAAGUCUGGUGACCUGCUGGGCUACCUCAGGAACAACCUCUUGAUGCUGGGUCUGUUAGCAUUCGAGGUGACCAUCUACCGCCAUCAGGAAUACUUCAGACUGAGGAACAAAUUGUCGCCUCCUGCUGCCAGGAUUAUCUUCCAUGAUAUCACACGACAGCAUCUGGACAUCGGCAUCAUAUGCUUCAUCAAAUACUUCAUCAACUACUUCUUCUACAAAUUUGGACUUGAGACGUGCCUGCUGCUGGUGGUCAAUGUUAUUGGGCAGCGUAUGGACUUCUACGCCAUGCUUCACGCCUUCGCCUUGAUUGCAGUCAUGUAUAGACGCAGGAGGAAAGCCAUCGCUGAGAUCUGGCCCAAGUACUGCUUUUUCCUGGCUUGCAUGCUGACUUUCCAGUACUUUAUCUGCAUCGGGAUCCCACCAGCAGCCUGCAAAGACUAUCCCUGGAGGUUUCCCAACUCUACUACAGACUCCAAUGUGGUCAAGUGGCUCUAUGUUCCAGAUUUCCUCACCCAACCCAAUCCUUCAUUUCUCAUCUAUGAUUUCAUGUUGCUGCUGUGUGCCUCUCUUCAGAGGCAGGUAUUUGAUGAUGAGAACAAGGCAGCAGUCCGCCUCAUGGCUGGAGACAACGUGGAGAUCUGCAGAGACCUGGACGCAGCCUCUUUUAGCGUCCACAACCCCGUCCCUGACUUCAUCCACUGCAGAUCCUACCUGGACAUGCUGAAGGUCAUCAUGUUUAGCUACCUGUUUUGGUUUGUUCUCACCAUCAUCUUCAUCACGGGGACCACGCGCAUCAGCGUUUUCUGCAUGGGCUACCUGGUGGCCUGCUUCUACUUCCUGCUCUUUGGAGGCGAGCUGUUGCUCAAACCAAUCAAAAAGAUCCUCCACUACUGGGACUUCCUGAUCGCCUACAACAUUUUUGUGAUCACCAUGAAGAACAUUUUGUCUAUCCUGGCUUGUGGCUACAUCAACUCUCUGAUUGAGAACCGGUGCUGGUUGAUCCAGUUGUUCAGUCUGGCCUGCACCAUUAAGGAAUACAACAUCAACAUCAGCAAAGCAAACGACAAGCUGUGUGAUCUGCCCAGCAAUGAGGCAGGGAUCAUCUGGGACAGUAUCUGCUUCGCCUUCCUGCUGCUGCAGAGACGAGUCUUCAUGAGCUACUACUUCCUUCACGUGGUGGCCGAUAUCAGAGCAUCACAGAUCCUUGCUUGCAGAGGGGCGGAGCUUUUCCAGGCCACGAUAGUGAAGGCGGUGAGAGCCAGACUGGAGGAAGAGCGCAAAUCUGUGGAGCAGCUGAAGAGACAGAUGGAGCGCAUUAAGGUGAGACAGCAAAAGUUUAAGAGGGGCAAGGAGAAGAUGCUGAGCAUGGUACAGGAGUCUGGAGAAGGACAGACCCUCGUCCACCCCGAGGAGGAUGAUGAUGAUGGAGCACAUCGAACGAAAGCCAAGACCAAAAAAAAGCAGUGGUGGAGGCCGUGGGUUGACCAUGCUUCCAUGGUUAGAAGUGGAGACUAUUACUUGUUUGAAACUGACAGUGAGGAGGAAGAGGAAGAGGAGGAGAAAAAAGAAGAGGACCAACCAAAGAAAUCAGCUUUUCAGCGAGCUAUUGGGAAGUUUGUCUCUGCUGUUCUGGCAUUGCCCAAGUCUAUCAUUAAGCUGCCUAAAACUAUACUGCAGUAUGUAGUCAAGGCAGGCAAGUUCCUUUAUCACGCCUGGAUCACAGACCCCAAAGCUGCCCUGAGGGCACGAGGCAAAGAGAAACGCAAAUUCUGGAAAAAAUACACCAAAGGAGUCAGACACAGGAAAAGCAAGAAAGAAGCAGGUCAUGUGACCAUAGACCUUGGUGAGCUCUCAGAUGGGCAAGAUAAAGGAGAGGAGAACAAGAAGUCUGAGGGUCCAGACAACAUCAUCAAGCGAGUGUUCAACAUCAUAAAGUUCACAUGGGUGCUCUUCCAGACGACGGUAGACAGCUUCACCAAGUGGAUGAAUGACAUGUGCAGGGAGUACAUCGACAUCUCCACUGUUCUGCGUAUAGAGCGCUGCAUGCUGACCAGAGAGGUCAAAAAGGGUAAUGUGCCGUCCAAAGAGAGCAUCCACAUCUACUACCAGAAGGCCAUGAGGCUCAACAUGUCCAGGCAGGCCAGUAUGGAUCAGAUAAGUGAGGACGAGUCGGGCUCAGGCUCCACCAGGGUCCGAAGACGGCGAGCCUACCCCAUGGAGAGCCAAGACUCCACAGCCUCCAGAGACAGCAUAUCCAGUGCCUUCACCGAGGCUACCACUCUGUUUUCUCGCCAAUCCACCCUGGAAGACCUGGAUGGAAUGCCAGAGUGCAUUCCCAAAACCAGCGAGCGUGCCAGGCCCAAACUGCGUAAGAUGUCCGGCCUGGACAUGUCCAAUUCAUCAAUGGACAGCUGCAGCAGCUUCAUGUCCAGUGAAGCGACCCAGUGCAUCACGCUGUACUCCAGACAGGGCACCACAGACACCAUAGAAGAAGUGGAAGAUGAACACGAUCAAGGGGAAGACAAGCAGCAGCAGCAGCAGCAGCAGCAGCAGCAGCAACAGCAGCAGCAGGUUCUCUGGGAAUCCCAACAGCUGGAUGAGAGUGAGGGGGCUGAGGGCGGUCCAUGGAGUGACAGAGAACCCAAUGUGAAAGAGGAGGAGGAGGAUGUGGAGGAAGGUGGGAGUGAGGGUGAGGGCCAGAAGGAACUGGAGGGUGAGGAGGGAGUAGAGGUACCAAAGGACCAGGAGAGAGAAGACAGAGAAGAGGCUCCCUGGGACUCCUUUGGCCCAGAUGAGGGCCCCUCCCUCAGGCUGGAAGAGACAGAUUUUGCCCCCUCUGCCCAGGAAAAGGACUUCACCACUGAGAGUGAGGAUGGGGGAGGACAGCAGGACUUCAUGCAGACAGAGGGGCGAGUAGGGCUGCUCUACACCCCUGAUACAGAUGCUUCUAAAACAUCUGAUGCUGACGUGCCUCCCAGCUACAGCAAGGCAGUCAGCUUCGACCGUCUGGAAGUUAGUGAUGACGAGAGUGACAUGGAUAGGAAGAGACGCAUGAUUAUGACCUCUGACAGCCGCUCAGACAGCAGGUCAGACAUCAUGUUGCCCUCUAUGACCACUGAGCUGACCGCCAGUGAACUGCUGCUCAACAAGAUGUUUUAUGACGAGGAGCUGGAGCAGUCAGAUAAGUUUUACCAAAAGCAGCCUCUGAUCCUCCAGCUCUGCUAUGCCCUCUACAACAUGCUGGUGGCCCACUCAGAGAUGGUGUGCUACCUGGUCAUCAUCAUCAACCACAUGGUGUCAGCGUCCUGCGCCACCCUGGUCCUUCCCACCACCAUCUUCCUUUGGGCCAUGCUGUCAGUUCCCCGGCCCAGCAAGCGCUACUGGAUGACUGCCAUCGUUUACACUGAGGUCACCAUUGUCAUCAAGUACUUCUUCCAGUUUGGCUUCUUCCCCUUCAACCAGAACAUUAUGGAAAAGAAUAAACCAUAUCACCCUCCCAACAUCAUUGGAGUGGAGAAGAAGGAUGGUUACGUCCACUAUGACCUGGUCCAGUUACUGGCUCUCUUCUUCCACAGAUCCAUUCUGAAGUGCCAUGGGCUAUGGGAUGAGGACGACACCAAAGAAAAGAAAGAGCCCUCUCGUCAGAGUGAGUCAGAGGACGAGGGGAAAGACAAGGAGGGGAGUGAGAAGGGGUCUGAACACGCCUCCUCUCUGAUCAGCGAGGGGAGAGGUUCCACUCACACCUUGAGAUCCCUAAACUUUGGGACCUCCAUUGAUUCAGGACAUGUCCAGGUGCACUACCCGCAACAGCAGACCUAUCAGCGGCGCAAGAGCUCCAGUGGAGGCUCGCACAUUUCUCACCGAUCUCUCCACUCUUCUGCAAGGUCUAAGAGAGGAAGUACCACUUCCCACAUCAGCAGCCACAAGGAUGGCAGCGAGGCCAGCGUCCAUCAGAAGACCCGCAAACAGAUGAUCAUGGAGAAACUGAGGGAGCAGCUCCUCAAAGGAAAAGCUUUCAUCAUUAAGCGGUUCAUGGAGAUCUACCUUCCUAUGAGGCAGUUCUUCUAUAACUUGAUCCAUCCAGAGUACAGUGCAGUCACAGACGUCUAUGUCCUGAUGUUCCUUGCUGACACAGUCGACUUCAUCAUUAUUGUCUUUGGAUUCUGGGCAUUUGGUAAACAUUCAGCUGCAGACAUCACGUCGUCCCUGUCGGAGGAUCAGGUGCCGGGACCUUUCCUGGUCAUGGUACUGAUCCAGUUUGGGACCAUGGUGGUGGACCGUGCCCUCUACCUCAGAAAGUCUGUCAUGGGCAAAGUCAUCUUCCAGGUCAUCCUGGUCUUUGGCAUCCACUUCUGGAUGUUCUUUAUCCUGCCAGGAGUCACAGAUAAGCGUUUCAGCGAGAACACAGUGGCUCAGAUGUGGUAUUUUGUCAAGUGCAUCUACUUCGGGCUGUCAGCCUAUCAGAUCCGCUGUGGUUAUCCCACCCGCGUUUUGGGCAACUUCCUCACCAAGAGCUAUAAUUACGUCAACCUCUUCCUGUUUCAAGGAUUCCGUCUGGUGCCAUUCUUGACGGAGCUGCGGGCCGUGAUGGACUGGGUUUGGACCGACACCUCGCUGUCUCUGUCCAGCUGGAUCUGUGUGGAGGACAUCUAUGCUCACAUCUUCAUCCUCAAAUGCUGGAGAGAGUCUGAGAAGAGGUAUCCCCAGCCGCGAGGCCAGAAGAAGAAGAAGGUGGUGAAGUACGGAAUGGGAGGGAUGAUUGUAAUGCUGCUGAUCUGUAUCGUCUGGUUCCCGCUGCUCUUCAUGUCCCUUGUGAAGUCUGUAGCUGGAGUUGUCAACACGCCGCUGGAUGUGUCAUUUGAAAUCACCCUGGCUGGCUUUCAGCCCAUCUUCACCAUGAGCGCUCAGCAAAAACAACUGCAUAAUGUCUCAACAGCACAAUAUGCAGCCUUUAUGGAUUUAUACAGGAAAGACGAUGAAGCCUUGCAGUGGCUGGAGGGCUACUUAGCACCAGACCUGAUCAUUGCUGAGUUGAAAGGCAGUUCCAACUCUCUGUGGACCAUCAGUCCGCCCAGUAGAAACAACCUGAUAGAGAUGUUGGGCACUGACGAGGAGUUCCCCAUCACGGUGGCCUGGUCUGUGCAAAGAAACCUCACUUUUGGCGCCAAGGCUGAGGUAGCGUCAGGAAAACGAGUGACAAAUCUAGAUGUAAGCACAAAGAAGGAUCUCAUAGCGCUCCUAAAAGGGCAUGUUAACAAGCCAGUGAUCCUAAGAGAGAUCUUCCCUCGUUAUAUUCGAGCCCCCAGUGACUCGGAGGCCAAGUCUGUUGAUCAGCUUUAUAAAGAUGAAAAGCUGUUCAACAUAUCACUGACCUUGCGAAGUAAGAACGUCGCGGAUCAGACUCAGGAAUGGUGGAUCGUCAACCAGUUAGAGCCCGGACCCUUAAAAAAGGCUUCAAAUAAGAAUGAGUCUGGCCUGGAUCUCUACGUGUUCAGUGACCAAGUCAGCCCGCCCAGUUUGGGCUUUCUGGCAGGAUAUGGGAUCAUGGGCUUGUACGCCUCUGUGGUCCUGGUCAUCGGCAAGUUUGUGCGUGAGUUUUUCAGCGGCAUUUCCCACACCAUCAUGUUUGAGGAGCUGCCCAACGUGGACCGCAUCCUCAAGCUGUGCACCGACAUCUUCCUGGUCCGAGAGACCGGGGAGCUGGACCUGGAGGAGGACAUGUACGCCAAACUCAUCUUCCUCUACCGCUCUCCAGAGACUAUGAUCAAGUGGACCAGAGAGAAAACGCAGUAAUGGGGGAUGUUAACUAACGAAGCCUGGAGCUUUUUUCGAACAGGAGCCGCUCAUUCAGAAAAACUGGGCGGUCGCUCUGACGGUCUGAGCAGCUAUUUCAGCCAAUUCACCUGCUGAGGGAGCACAAAGUCAGCUGAGGACCAACUGUGUCCUUUUCAACUGAGCUCUGACGGCAGUGAUGCAGCUCCAUGCUAAAAUGCUUGAGAUAUAAACUGGUAUUUUCUACUGUUUACUGUUGAAAAACAACGAUUGCAGUCAUAUUAUGAACUAUUGAGGACAGAUUUGCUGGUGCUGUAUUUAUCUCGCGUAACCUGGUUCAGCUUGGUAUCCAGUGGGUAAAAUAAGCAGCUGGUGUCCAGUUGGAGGGGGAGAAAUCUUAUAGGACAAUUUUCCUAAGUUAUAAAAAGUCUUAUACUUAUUAUAACGGUAUGUUUUUAAACACAAUGCCCAGAAUCCUCAUCGCUCUUCACGCUCUGCCUCUAACAUUUUCACAAUCGCACUGUAGGCGGAGAGAAACAGACCGCAACAUUAAUCUUUAAGGGCUUCCCACCACCAAAAAAGUGCACAAUAACGACCACAUGAGCACACUCUCAUAUUUUCUCCCGACUGGAACACUUGGACUGUGGGACUGUGCAAUAUUGAGCUCUCGUUCCUCCAAGUUUUCAAAGGAUGUGGAUCGAGGGGAAAAAGGCCGGUUCUGACCAAGAAACAUGAACAUUAAAAAACAACUUUUUUAUUUUAUUUUUUUUAAAGGUCAGAGGCCACAUGGGAGCCCGCUGAGAGACACAGCUCAGCAAACAUUAUCAGACAAUCUUUACUCGCUUUAUUUUGUUUGUAUGAGAAGAACUGUUACCAACUACAUACAUAUCUUUCUCAGGAAGACCUGUUUUCACAGAUAUUCAUUGUAUGAGUCAUAUGUUACAAUAUGUAAGCUUUGAUGGAUCUAAAAGAAUAUGAGGCUGUAGCAAAGAUGAACUAUUUAAAUGGCAUGAAAUUUAAUGUGGAUAUUGUUCAGAUGGACUGAUACUGAGUACGUGUACUGCACAGGGAAACAGUUCAAGGCUGUAAUAUGAAAGUAAAUUUAUCGCUGUGGACCGUUUCCUUCACAGAGAUUUAUUGCCAAUCAUCCGUGUUUCUGAAUCAUCUACAGGUUGGCUAGAGUCGAGACCAGCAGAGGGCUGUUUCUGAAUCAGGGUAACGUGCAUUAGGUGGUAGAUUCUUGCACAUCACUUGUGAACCUCUCGCUGUUUUUAACAUUCAUACUGAUGAACACUGUGGCACGUCGCGUGCAUCCGGUCAUCAAGGAAGAAACGAGCAGACACACAAAAAAAGAUUCCUCACGUGAAGGGCUGAAACACGAAGCCCUUUGGUCCAAACUAUGCAUUAGAGGACAUUGUAGCAUGAUAGAAAAAAAAAAACUUCAUUAUUGCCAUGACUAAUUUUCAUUACAUGUACAUAAAAGUUGAAGAGGGUCAGGUCACGGUGGAUUGAAAUGUGAAAUUGUACCUGUAUGUUUAAGGCAAUGUGGUAUGAUAGAGGUCCAGAGAUCUGCAAAUAAAACAUCUGGAAAGGUGUCGA